CACUCAGUCCUGUGUGCGUCCCGCCUGUGCUGCACUCACUCUGGCCAGGAUGGCAUCCUGUCUGGCCCUGUGCAUGGCGCUGCUGCUGGUCUCUGGGGUCCUGGCCCCUGCGGUGCUCACAGCCGGGGGUCCACAGGAGCCUGUGCCCACACUGUGGAACGAGCCCGUCGAGCUGCCAUCCGGAGAAGGCCCCGUGGAGAGCACCAGCCCCUCCCGGGAGCCUGUGGACACUGUUCCCCCCGCCUCCACCCCUGCGCCAGGCCCGGAGGACAGCACAGCACAGGAGCCGCUGGACCAAAGCGGCGGCUCGCUGGGGCCCGGCGCCAUCGCCGCCAUCGCCAUCGCCGCCCUGCUGGCCACGUGCGUGGUGCUGGCGCUCGUGGUGGUCGCGCUGAGAAAGUUUUCUGCCUCCUGAAGCGAAUAAAGAGGCCGCGCCCGGCCGCGGUGCGACUC